CCCAAACCUCCUCGUCGUCCUAACUGAUAGGGGACAAUAGUCGUCUCUUAGUGAGCUGGCACUUUUGAGCAAUACAUCUGAGCCUUGUUUUAUUAUUAGCAGACACGAGACGUCUCUGUUACAUUUGAUCCACUAUCGCUAAUGUUCAUGAAAUCCUGCCAGCCUUUUAUUGCUGAGGCUCAAGACGUCUGCUAGUCACUUAGGUUGCUUUCAUUCAUCUUUUCUUUUUUUUUUUUUACCCUUUCUCCUUCUUUGACUCCCCUCAAGUUUUGUAUUAUUUUUUGCCCGAUUGUUUUUUGUUUCGUUUGGUUUGGCUUUCUCUCGCUUUCCUCCCUCUCUCGCACUUCCAACACAAUAGAUUCCAUUCGUUGAAGACCGAUCUGCUCGUUAUCUGAUGUCUAUCGCUCGUUAUCAGUAUACCCGACAUCAUUGACCGAGCAGUUUGGUGGAAACAGCACAACCCAGUCCUUGUGACGGUAUCUAUUGACACAACUGGAAGAAUUAUAUGAUUGUAUCAUAGCGGACAGUUUCUCUUGUUUCCUUUGACAAGCAUCUGUCUCGCCUACUGCCCACUCGGGCGUGCCCGACGUCUACGACCCAUUAUGAAGUGGGCUUUCUCCAGUACCUUGUUGGCGCUUUUCGCAACAACAGCAACCGCCUGGCCUUACGAUGAAGCCUUAACCAGGUACAAUCUUAACGAGAAUAAAUCCGCCACCAAUCCGGCGCAAUAUUGGGGAGAAUGGCCGAAACACAAGGGGGAAUACUUCCCGUCUCCGAAAAAUUGGCGCGCUCCGACAUACACCCUGUUUAUGGAUCGCUUCGUCAACGGUGAUCCAACAAAUGACAACAUUAAUGGAACCCUCUUUGAACAUGAUAUCUCUUCGACCCAGAUGCGCCAUGGUGGCGAUGUCGCCGGUCUCCUGGAUACCUUGGAUUAUCUUCAGGGUAUGGGGAUUAAGACCCUGUAUCUCGCAGGUACUAUUUUGAUGAACCAGCCUUGGGGUUCGGAUGGUUAUUCCGCCUUGGAUACAACCCUUUUGGACCAACAUUUUGGUGAUAUCCAAGCUUGGCGCGACGCUAUCACGGAAAUCCACAAGCGCGGGAUGUAUGUCAUUUUUGAUAACACAAUUGCUACGAUGGGUGACCUUAUCGGUUUCGAGGGCCAUCUGAAUGACACCACCCCGUUUUCGACUGGAGAACAUAAGGCGCUUUGGAAGUCCAACCGUCGCUAUGUGGAUUUCGAUAUCGGAAACGAGUAUAACAAAACUUGCGAUUAUCCUCGUUUCUGGUUCGAAGACGGUUAUCCAGUCAAUCAGUCCUCCAUCUCAUCACUCGUGGGUUGCUACGACAGUGAUUUUGAUCAGUAUGGUGAUAUUGAGGCUUUCGGUGUGUUCCCCGAUUGGCAACGCCAGUUGGCGAAGUUCGCCUCCGUCCAGGAUCGUCUGCGAGAGUGGCACCCCUCGGUUCGGGAGCGGCUGAUCCGUCAUUCGUGUAUGAUCAUCUACUCGCUGGAUAUCGACGGUUUCCGCUACGAUAAGGCGACUCAGUCGACCGUGGACGCGCUGGGAGAUAUGUCCAUGGCUUACCGCGAGUGCGCCCGUGCUGUCGGGAAGGAAAAUUUCUUCAUUUCGGGUGAAAUCACUGGUGGUAACACGUUUGGUUCGAUCUAUCUGGGCCGCGGCAGACAGCCUAAUCAGUAUCCCAAGACGACGGAGGAGGCCAUGAAAAUGACCAACGAGUCUGAGUCUCAGUAUUUCCUGCGGGAAGCUGGCCACGAGGCGAUCGAUGCUGCUGCCUUCCACUAUUCGACUUAUCGUGCAUUGACCCGGUUCUUGGGUAUGGACGGUAACUUAGCUGCCGGUUACGACGUGCCCGUUGACUGGGUGGAUGCGUGGAAUCUGAUGCUGCAAUCGAAUGAUCUGAUCAACCCGAACACGGGCAAGUUUGACCCCCGCCACAUGUUCGGUGCCACCAACCAGGAUGUUUUCCGUUGGCCAACGGUUGAAAAGGGAGUUGAAAGGCAGUUGCUGGCAUUAUUUGUCACUACUCUUGUUUUGCCUGGUAUUCCCCUGCUUCUCUGGGGUGAGGAACAGGCAUUCUAUAUUUUGGAUGCGACGGCAUCCAAUUAUAUCUAUGGUCGUCAGGCAAUGUCGCCUGCAACGGCCUGGAGGGACCACGGCUGCUUUUCUUUGCAAUCUUCCCAGUACUAUCAGUGGCCGAUCAAGGCUGGUCGCGAAGGUUGCCAUGACCCAACUGCCGCCUACGAUCAUCGCGAUCCCUCCCACCCGGUGCGCAACAUCAUCAAGCACAUGUACCAGAUGCGCGAAGACUUCCCAGUCUUGAAUGAUGGUUAUUCGAUCCAGAAACUUUCCAACAUGACCGAGGAGGUCUUUUAUACUGGUUCCAACGGUACCGCGACGGAGACUGGUUUGUGGUCUCUCCUCCGUGAUGUCAAUGCGGAUGUGCAGGAUCUAGGCUCCGAUGCGAAUAACCAGCCUGUUUGGCUCGUCUACCACAACACCAACCGUACCGUUGACUUCAAGUUUAACUGCAAGGACAAUAAAACCGCUCUGAUCGCCCCCUUCGCCACCGGCACUAAGGUCAGGAAUCUGUUCUACCCGUAUGACGAACAAACCUUGAUCGAGGGCCCCGUCAAGCUCGGCCUCAACGGAUCUACCGCCUUGAACGGCUGCCUCGCUAACUUGACUUUGGACGCCUAUGAGUUCCGCGCCUACGUUCCCAGUACCCGUCACUCCAAGCCUCGGCCCAUGAUCACAAAGUUUACUCCUGGCCAUGACUACCCUGUUCAAUCUACUGUCGAACCGAAUCUCGACGAAAAUGUGAAAAUCGAGUUGUAUUUCUCGGAAGAGAUGAAGUGCGAGUCUGUGACUAAAUCGAUCUCGUUCAACUCUUCCACGGAAAGUAGAAAGAUCCCCACCAUUGAUGAGAAGAGUGCCAAGUGCGAGAAGAUCACCGCCAGCAACACCUCUUGGACCGGUCAGCUCCCUAGUAUGUUCAAGUGGACGGCGACUCUGACGGGAGUCUACAACGGAAUCCACCGAAUGACGGUUAAUAACGCGACCAAUAAAGAUGGAACCGCCUCCACGAAUGCCGUUGACCACUUCCUCCUCCGUAUUGGACAAGUUGACAAUCCUAUGGUGUUUUCCACUGCCAAUUAUUCUAGUAGUUUGCUCCACGAGGAAUCGAAUGGUACCUUGUUCAUCCAGCACCACGCCGCAGGAGCUGAUAUGUUUCGGUAUUCCACAAACUGGGGAACCACCUUCUCGCCGUGGAAGGAGUACAAGGGUGGCAAUGAAACCAUCGACGUUCUGGAGUGGUCGGGGACCAAGAAGCAGAAAUGGAAGGGACACCAUGUGCGCGUUGAGUACUGGAGUAGGUGGACCGGUAGCAGUGACUACGUUCAGGAAGGCGAUUCAGGCUUAGAUGGGCAUCCGCCGCGACGCUUCCCCCACAUCUUCUUUAACGGCCCUUACAACCAGUACGGAUAUGACGGUGGUUUGGAUAACGUGGUGAGACAAGAUCACAAAGACGGAAUCUGGAAAUACCACUUCACUCAUGAAUGGCCCGCGCAAGCUCAGCUGAACAUCUGGGGCAUGAACCCCGACGGAAAGCCGGACCAGAGCUGGGUCCUGGGAGACGCUGAUAAUGACUCCGUCUUGGAUCGGAUGCCCCCCUCUUCGUUGUCUGCGACUCUGAUCAAUAUCACCGAACACCCACCCCAUCCCUACCUGGCAUGGAAUAUCUACAUCAACGAUGCCACCAUGAGGUUCCAGCUCUUCCCCGUUGGACACCAGAACACGCAGAUCGCCAUGUUUGUUCUGUUCUGGAUUAUUCCCGUCUUUACCGGUGCGUUGUGCGUGUGGCUCUUCAUGAAGUCUUUCUAUAAAGUCAAGUUCAACCAGAUCGGUGUGAGCGAGAAGCACACCAUGAUCCCCCUGGCUUUGCGCAGAAAGUUCAAGAGGAAUCGGGGUGGCGAUGAGGAAAAGAUGAACCCGUUGAUGCGUCUCGCCAACAAGUCCGGAUUUCUGCAGACCAACACUGCCAUUGGUGGUGGUGCUGGCGGCAAGAGGCGCAUGGUUCUCAUCGCAACUAUGGAAUACGAUAUCGAGGAUUGGAAGAUUAAGAUCAAAAUCGGUGGUCUUGGUGUCAUGGCCCAACUCAUGGGUAAAACCCUUGGUCAUCAAGACCUGAUUUGGGUCGUCCCUUGUGUCGGCGGUGUCGACUACCCAGUAGACAGACCUGCAGAGCCCAUGCACGUCACCAUUCUUGGUAACUCUUAUGAAGUCCAGGUCCAGUACCACACCUUGAACAAUAUCACCUACGUUCUGCUAGACGCCCCUGUCUUUCGACAGCAAUCCAAGUCAGAACCCUACCCGGCCCGUAUGGACGAUCUCAACAGUGCUAUUUACUACUCCGCUUGGAAUCAGUGUAUUGCCGAGGCCUGCAAGCGAUUCCCGAUUGAUCUCUACCAUAUCAACGAUUACCACGGCUCCCUGGCUCCUCUCUAUCUUCUCCCCGAUACUAUUCCUGCUUGUCUGUCUCUGCACAACGCUGAAUUCCAGGGUCUCUGGCCCAUGCGUACGCAGAAAGAAAAGGAGGAGGUGUGCUCCGUGUUCAACCUAGAUAUUGAGACUGUCAGACGUUAUGUGCAGUUCGGCGAGGUUUUCAACUUGCUUCACUCGGGUGCUAGUUAUCUACGUGUCCACCAGCAGGGUUUCGGUGCCGUCGGUGUGUCCAAGAAGUACGGAAAGCGGUCCUACGCUCGCUACCCCAUUUUCUGGGGUUUGAGAAAGGUUGGCAACCUACCGAACCCUGAUCCUUCAGAUGUUGGAGAAUGGAGUAAGGAAAAGGCUGCUGGCAACACUGACGAGGUUCGCGUGGACCCUGAAUUUGAAGCUAGCAGAGCAGAUCUUAAACGCCAAGCCCAGGAAUGGGCCGGACUUGAUGUCAACCCGGAAGCUGAUCUACUCGUCUUCGUCGGUCGUUGGUCCAUGCAGAAAGGAGUUGAUCUGAUUGCUGAUGUGAUGCCCGCCGUUCUUGAAGCCCGCCCUAACGUGCAGGUCAUUUGUGUUGGACCCGUUAUUGAUCUUUACGGUAAAUUCGCCGCCCUGAAGCUGGACCAUAUGAUGAAGGUUUACCCUGGACGUGUGUUCUCGAGACCUGAAUUUACCGCGCUGCCACCCUAUAUCUUCUCCGGUGCUGAAUUCGCGCUUAUUCCCUCUCGUGACGAGCCCUUCGGUCUAGUUGCAGUCGAGUUCGGUCGUAAGGGAGCGUUGGGUAUUGGUGCACGUGUCGGUGGUCUUGGACAAAUGCCUGGCUGGUGGUAUAACGUCGAAUCUACUGCCACAUCACAUUUGCUUUACCAGUUCAAGCUUGCUAUCGAUGCGGCGCUGAACUCAAAGCAAGAAACCCGAGCCAUGAUGCGUGCCAGAUCUGCCAAACAGCGAUUCCCCGUCGCCCAGUGGGUUGAGGAUCUGGAGAUCUUGCAAACUACGGCAAUUCAGGUACACAACAAGGAACUAGUUAAGCACAAUGGCCGGCCUUUUACUCCAACUGGAACCCAUACUCCUAAUGGCCUUAUGACGCAGCCUGCGAGCCCACUCAUGCCGCCGGGUAUGCAGACUCCGGGUACGCAAACUCCUCUUGCCCAUUCUAGGGAGAGCAGUUACUCGAACCUCAACCGCCUGAGUGAAUAUGUUACCCAGCCCAAGACCAGCUAUAGCAGAGACCCCAGCCCCAGUGGUACGGAAAAGCCAAAAUCAGGACUCCAACGCCAGCUUUCGCUUGGUGUUCGCUCCGGUCCUGGUCAUCAAAGCCGUCGUGGUCGCCCUCGCAAUCGCGACAGCAUCCCAGAGCACGAGGAUACCCAUGAAUCCCUUGAAGCUCACGGUGGCGCCAUCACUGAUGUCGAGGAAGAAAGCAGUGACGACGAUAUUAUCAAUUCUUAUGCGGACGACGAAUACACUCUUACUCCAGCGCAGGUCGAAGAAGGCCGCCGGUUACAGGCCCAACAACAACAAGGAGGUAUUCGAAUGCCGUUGAGUCCUGGCGGCGCCAGGCGUUACAGUCAAGACUCUCUGCAUCCCAGAUCCGCCCAACCACCCCCAAGUCCCGGAACGCCUCCAACCGCUUCCCAGACACUCCUUCCUCCCCCCAAGCUCCUUGACCCCGGUAGCCGCCUCAGUAGCGCGUCUGUUCUCUCCCUUGAUUCUGUCGUGGGUGGAAAGAAGGACUUCAAGCUGCAGAAGGUCGAUCCCUUCUUCACGGAUAGUACUGGUGAAUAUUAUAAGGCUUUCGACAAGAGACUUGAUGAACUCAAUGGAUCAAACUCGGAAUCGCAACUGUGCAUUGAAGAGUAUUUGAUUAAGAGUGAAAAGGAAUGGUUCGACAAGUUCCGCGAUGCCAGACUCGGUCGCAGCAAAUCACCGACGCCCUCCGUGUACCGUGACAAGCAUGGUGCAUCUCCCAUCGGCUCGUUCUACGAUGAUAAUGGUUCUCGCAUGAGUGGUAGCGAUGGUCAACGCUCCAAUGACACUGAAGAUGACGAGUUCCUCCUCGGAAAGGACUAUGUUCCUCCCACCGGUCUCAAGAAGUGGAUGCAAAUCCGCAUCGGUGACUGGCCCAUCUACUCCCUGUUCCUCGCUCUGGGUCAAAUCAUCGCUGCCAACUCGUACCAGAUCACCCUACUGACGGGUGAGGUCGGUCAGACUGCGGAAAAAUUGUACGGAAUUGCAACCACAUACCUGAUCACAUCGAUCCUGUGGUGGCUUUGCUUCCGCUACUUCAAAUCCGUCGUCUGUCUGUCUGCGCCCUGGUUCUUGUAUGCCAUUGCCUUCAUCUUUAUCGGUUCUGCGCAUUUCGAGAGCAACUCGUUUACUCGCGGUUGGAUUCAGAACGUCGGCAGUGGAUUCUACGCCGCGGGAUCGUCCAGUGGUUCUCUGUUCUUUGCGCUGAACUUCGGUGACGAAGGUGGUGCCCCUGUCGAAACAUGGAUCUUCCGUGCGUGCCUCAUCCAGGGCAUCCAGUCCGCUUAUGUUAUCGCUCUCUGGUAUUGGGGUUCUACUCUAUCCCAGGCACAAAGCGAGGGUAUGUUGACUCCGACAAACAGUAUCUCCAACUCCUGGAAGAUGAGCGCCAUCUGUUACCCGAUUGCCUUCGCUCUUAUCCUCAUUGGUUUGCUCAUGUCCUUUGGUCUGCCCAACUACUAUCGUCAAACUCCCGGAAAGGUCGCCUCCUUCUACAAGUCCGUGUUCCGCCGUAAGAUUGUUCUCUGGAACUUCGUCGCGGUCAUCCUCACGAACUUCUUCCUGAGCGCGCCAUACGGCCGCAACUGGCAAUUCCUCUGGACAUCCCAGCACGCCCAUCACUGGCAAAUCGUCAUUCUCUGUGUCGUCUUCUACGGCUUCGUAUGGGCAGGUUUCCUAUUCGUCGUCGCCCGUUUCUUCAAUUCCCACAGUUGGUUCCUCCCCGUGCUCGCCUGUGGCCUCGGAGCCCCCCGCUGGGCCCAGAUCUGGUGGGGCGUCUCCGGAAUCGGCUACUACCUCCCCUGGGUAGCAGGAGGGUACACCGGCGGGGCGCUCGUCUCGCGCAGUAUCUGGCUCUGGCUAGGCGUGCUCGACUCCAUCCAGGGUCUGGGCUUCGGUAUCAUCCUCCUCCAAACCCUCACCCGCAUGCACAUGCUCUUCGCCCUCAUCUGCUCCCAAGUCCUCGGUUCUAUCGCUACGAUCUGCGCCAGAGCCUUCGCCCCUAAUAACGUGGGCCCGGGACCUAUUUCCCCGGAUCCUACCUUUGGUGGUAGUGCCGUGGCUAAUGCCUGGUUUUGGGUGGCUUUGUUCUGUCAGCUGUUGGUCUGUGCCGGUUACAUACUCUUCUUCCGGAAAGAACAGCUUGCUAAGCCUUAAGGGAUGGGAUGGCCCUAUGGCUAUGCUUAACGGGGCGGUGUUGUGAUGUGAUGUGGUGUUGGUUAUGAUUACCACUGAAUGUAUACUUAGUCCAGCGUUCUUUCCUUUGGCUUCUGGAUAUCACUGUCUAUCUUAAUAUAAUUCCUUUGUAUAUAGAUGACCUCAAUCUGAAUUGCUCAGAUCUAUGAUUUAUGGGAUUGGUUAGAUUGUUGUCAUAGAGAUUCUUGAU